GAUUUGGGGGCAUUUUGAACCUUUUGAUAACUCUUACAUCGACGAUAGAUGCCCAGCGGCAAGUACAGCUUUGAAACAAAGACUGCAACGAAUGAUUAUACGCAGGCGGCGGCUCCUGCACCACCGUGCUAGACACUAUGAGAAUAUUAAACUUAACCUAUCUCGGGCUGCCCUAGAGGCAACAUGAGUUUUGGCACCGCUCAUUCCGGCAACCGAUGUCGAGCAGCUGGAACCACACGGCCAGCGGUGAGCGAAAAGCAGUGCAGCAAAUCCAGUCAGUUUUCAAGAGCCACAACAUUCAGCUCUGCGGAUUUCCCCACCUUUUAUGCGAAUUUGUUGUCUCUAGACAACGUGUCUGUGGCCGAGUCAUUACCAUCUACAAAUCCAUCACUUUGGACUGGGAACCAGAAGCUUUAUGUUCCACCACGCUCGAAGGGGCUAGCUGGGGGCAAAGACUUUCUCUGCCCCUAUUGCUUUGUAACCUGCCAGAUGAAGAGCGACGAAGCUUGGAAGUAUGUGAGAGUCUGCCGAUAGAAUCGUCCUGGAGCCAUAUCUGCACAUUCAUCAAUUGCGAUAUGGAGGAUCACCAAUUUGAGGGCCAUAAUGAUUGGUAUGAACAUGAGCUUCAAAAUCACCGGAUUGAGUGGUGCUGCCACCUUGACGGUCACUCUCCAUGCACAAGUCCAUCGGAAUUCUUGUUACACCUUCAAGAACAUCACCCCGACCUCCAAUCCUCUUCGCUAUCACAAGAUAUCAUUCGACAAUUUCAAAGACCAGCGCAAAAGGAUCUGAAAAAUUGCCCACUUUGUUCAAAGCCUUCAGAGAAACUCAAAAGUCACCUUUCCCGUCACAUAGAACAGAUGGCAUUCAUUGUAUGUCUUGGGAGGAAAUAACCAAGAAGGUUCGGGACUUGGCUCGGACGCCUCAGGCAAGGCUAGCAAAGUUGAUUCGAGUGUCAAGUUAGGGUCAGACGAUGACACUGUUGAC